CAAAUGACCCUUGUCAAUUUUGUCUUGAAUGCAAAUGAAUAUUUAAGCACGAACCAUUUGUGAAGCAAUAUAAUUGCAUAUUGCUUGCUAACUUGGCUAAGCAAUGCGGCAAUGCAGCUCUACCUAUAAAUAAGUAAUGCUCAGACAACGGCGUGCUUUGUGGGGGAUCCUUGUUGAGGCCGUGUUGUGAUGGAUGGAACAGUCGCAGCAGCAGCAGCAGGUAUUGGCCACAGGUCGCGUUGCAUGUUGCAAGCACAGUGUUGGGUUUGAUGGAUGCUUUGCGCAUGCCAGACCCAAUGGCCGUCUGUGUGCAUGCAAAGCCAGCGCCGACUUAGGCUUGACUCAGCCGCCUUGUUGGGAUUUAGACGGCGAGCGUGCAACAGCGACGAGCGCAAGUUUUGGCCAGCGCAUCACAGGCAAUUACCGUUUGAGGAAUCGAACUUUGAUGGAUUGCUUGUUGCUUGGCUCGUAAAAAACAUUGAGCUGUUCAAUACGCGCGAUACGUGUGCUGCAUGUAGUUGAUAAUUGCCAGUGCCAUGAUUAUGCUGCGGAUUUUAGCUAGCUUCUUGAUUUACUUAAGCCUGCUGGAGCGGCAUGGGGGUGACAGCAUUACCACAGUUGAGCAGGUGGGGCCAUUGUCUGUCAGGGCGCAGCCAAGCAAGAUGCCUUUGAUAACCAGCGAGUUCAAGGCCAGUCGCAUAUACGAAUCCUUUCGCGCUCUCUCAACCGUCCAGGGCAAAAGUCGCCUCAGUCGGCGCUAUGUCAAUGAUACGAGUGCCUAUGGAGCAGGUGGCCCGCUGCGUAAGGCCCGACCGCGUACAGCAUCGGCGGAUAUGCUGAGCCGGAACAUAUCGAGCAUUUUGGAGAACCUAUUGAAGCGCUACGAGCAGUCGCAGCUGCCCACCCAUGGCCAGGGCCUGCCGACGGUGGUGCGCACUAACAUCUUGAUACGCAGCAUGGGACCCGUGUCGGAGCUGGACAUGGACUACUCAAUGGAUUGCUAUUUCCGCCAGUAUUGGCGCGACAAGCGGCUGAGCUUUCAGGGCCCCAUCAAGAGUCUGUCGUUGAGCAUUAAGAUGCUGGACAAGAUCUGGCGGCCCGACACCUACUUCUACAAUGGCAAGCACUCGCACAUACACACGAUUACCGUGCCCAAUAAGCUGCUGAGACUGGACCAGGACGGUGGCAUCCUCUACUCGAUGCGGCUCACCAUCAAGGCCACUUGUCCAAUGGAACUGAAGAACUUUCCGAUGGACCGCCAAUCGUGCCCACUUAUCAUUGGCAGCUAUGGCUACACCAAUCAGCAGCUGGUUUACGAGUGGCAAAACCAUGAUGACGCUGUCUCCUUUGUGCCAGGCAUGACGCUCAACCAGUUCGAUUUGAUUAGCAUGAUGCACCGCAACUUCACCUCCACGCGCCGCGAGGGCGACUUCAGCGUGCUGCAUGUGGCCUUCAAUCUGAAGCGCCACACCGGCUACUUCUUGAUACAGGUCUAUGUGCCCUGCAUAUUGAUUGUGGUGCUGUCUUGGGUCUCCUUCUGGAUACAUCGCGAAGCGACCAGCGAUCGGGUUGGGCUCUGCGUGACGGCUGUGCUUACAUUGUCGACUAUCAGCUUGGACUCACGCACCGAUCUGCCCAAGGUUAAGUACGCCACGGCCCUGGACUGGUUUCUGCUGAUGAGUUUCCUCUACUGCAUUGCCACGCUGCUGGAGUUCGCUGGCGUUCAUUACUUUACAAAGCUGGGCAGCGGCGAAAUACCCCGGCUGGACGAUGAGUGGGAGGAUAUUGGUGCGCUUGGCUACGCCACGGGCGAAAUAGCCGAUGCGGCCGAGGCCAGCGACGAUAGCGAGCCAGCCAACUCGGAUAGCGAUGUCUUUGUCUUUGCCGACCACGAUGCCCUGCAUUGCGAGCUGCCUUUGCCAGCGGAGCUCAAUGGUGGCGCUGCUGGUGGUGGCUAUCCCAAACGCAACACCUUCAGCUGCCCCAUUUACAAUAACCAGCAGCAGGAGCCAGCUCAUAUAUUUCCAAGGCUCUCCUCGCACGCCUCGACCAUGGAGCGCACCACUCAAACCGAGCCGCCCGCCGUCUCCCGCAUGCGUCAGAUGUGGCUCUGUCUCAAGGGCGAUGACAAGUUUCGCAGGCAGCGCGAACGCGAUGCGGCCGCCGAGAAGAGCGAACAGGGACGCCAGGGUGCCGGCUACGUGAACAGCAUUUCAUUGAUUGAUCGAGUGGCGCGCGUUGCCUUUCCCAUGACAUUUGCGCUGUUCAAUUUGCUCUACUGGCUGGCCUACGGCAUGUACAAGAAGGAGUUUUCCUGGUCGAUGAUUAAGGCCUAAGGCGCUUGGUAGCCUUUCUAGAUGUUAGCUACGGCUUGGCACAUACACCUUGAAAUUUAUAGCUAAGUCCAUUUUGCUUUCCCCAAUCAAAUAAAGUUG